AUGCAUUAUAGAAGUCGUUUUGUUUGCAGUGUGGCAACAAAGUUCUACCAAAAUGUUCUGGCUUUGGUGUUUGCCAUCAAUGAGAUCAAUAACAAUCCUAAGAUCUUGCCAAAUGCCACGCUGGGGUUCCACAUCCUUGACAACUACUACGAAGCAAAGAUGACUUAUCGCAGCACUUUGGACUUACUUUUCAAAUCCAAUAGGUUUGUUCCCAACUACAAAUGUGGUUUCCAGAAAAAUCUAAUCGGAGCAAUUGGAGGACUUGGUUCAGAUGCCUCUUCACGCAUGGCAGACAUCUUAAGGCUUUACAAGGCUGCACAGAUUUCAUAUGGAGCAUUUGAAACAACAAUCAACGACGAAACCUCUUUCCCUUCUUUUUACCGAAUGGUCCCCCGUGAAACCUUUCAGUAUGUGGGAAUUGUCCAGCUGCUUCUGCAUUUCAGCUGGAGAUGGGUUGGACUCAUCACUACGGAUGAUGAAAGUGGAGAACAUUUCUUGCAGGCUUUGGAACCGAUGCUUUCUAAGAAUGGAAUCUGUUCAGCCUUCACAGAAAGAGCUCCAAAGAAGAUUCAGAUUGAUAGGAUAUUUGAAGGAAUCCAAAAUGCUUACAGUAAUAGUUCGAUAUUUUUGGACCACAAAGCCAGGGCUAUUAUUGUACACGGAGAAACAGCAAACAUCAUAUGGCUGGCAGUCAUUAUAUGGCUAACAACUGUACUUGGUUCUGAAUACAUUGAGAUGAGCUCCAUAGGGAAAGUGUGGAUUACAACAGCCCAGAUUGAUUUCUCCUUUGUAUAUAUUCAAAGAUCCUGGAGUGUAGAAAUGUUCCAUGGAGCUCUUUCCUUCUCAAUUCACUCCAGGAGCAUUCCAGGUUUUCAAAGAUUUGUCCACAUCAGAAAACCAUCUGGGGCAAAAGAGGAUGGUUUUAUCAAAAAUGUCUGGGAACAAGCAUUCGACUGUUCGUUUCCCAAUCCCAGUGUGCCAACAGAGAUUGAUGAAAUAUGUACUGGAGAGGAGAGACUGGAGAAUGUUCCGGCAACAUUCUUCAAAAUGAGCAUGACGGGCCACAGCUACAGUGUCUACAAUGCUGUCUAUGCUCUUGCACAUGCCUUCCAGCUCAUGCACUCAUCUAGAGCCAACCACAAAGUAAUGGCAAAUGCAAACACAUUGGCACCUCUGAAUCCAAAGCCCUGGCAGCUCCACUCAUUUCUGCAGAGGAUAUCAUUCAACAACAGCGCUGGAGAUGAAAUUGUGUUUACUGAACAUGGUGAAUUAGCCACUGGGUUCGAUGUUACAAAUUUGGUCACUUUCCCAAACAACUCCUAUGUCAGAGCCAAGGUUGGAAGACUGAAUCCUCAAGCCCCUCCAGGCCAUGAGCUCACCAUUCAAGAGGACAUGAUUGAGUGGCACAGAAGCCUGACUCAGGUGCCUCCAUUCUCUGUCUGUAAUGACAAAUGCAAGCCAGGAAAUAGCAAGAAAAAGAAGGAGGGAGAAAAAUUUUGCUGCUAUGAUUGCGCUUCAUGUCCGGAUGGAAAGAUGUCAGACCAAGAGGACAUGGAAUACUGUGUUGCUUGCUCAAAAGACCACUAUCCAAAUACUCUACAAGAUCGAUGCAUUCCCAAGACACAAAAUGUCCUCUUGCUUGCUGAACCACUGGGUAUUGUUUUAGCCUACUUGGCUCUUUCUUUUUCUAUGAUCACAGCUCUGGUGCUCGGAAUCUUCCUUAAACAUCACAAUACACCGAUCGUCAAAGCCAACAACCGGAGCCUCUCUUACGUUCUCCUCAGCUCCCUCCUUCUUUGCUUUCUCUCUUCUUUGCUUUUCAUCGGACACCCUAAUGAGACGACCUGCCUCCUCCAACAAGCAGCUUUUGGCAUCAUCUUCUCAGUGGCUGUUUCUUGUGUUUUGGCAAAAACCAUUAUUGUGGUGGUGGCUUUCAAGGCCUCCAAGCCAGGAAACAUUUUCCGAAAAUGGGUAGGGAAAAGGUUGGCCUAUUCUAUUGUCAUUUCCUGCUCAUUUGUUCAAGUGGGCAUUUGUGCUCUUUGGUCGGGCACUUCCCCUCCAUUCCCAGAUGUGGACAUGCACUCAUUAACUGAAGAAAUUAUACUGAAAUGUAAUGAAGGAUCAUUGACUUUGUUUUUCUGUGUCUUGGGCUAUAUAGGCUUUCUGGCCACCACCAGUUUCAUUGUGGCUUUCCUAGCUAGGAAACUACCUGACAGUUUUAAUGAAGCCAAGUUCAUCUCCUUCAGCAUGUUGAUCUUUUGCAGUGUUUGGUUAUCUUUUGUCCCAGCCUACCUGAGCACAAGAGGGAAAGAAAUGGUGGCCGUGGAGAUCUUCUCCAUCUUGGUCUCCAGUGCUGGGUUAUUGGGCUGCAUCUUUCUGCCCAAAUGCUAUGUUAUUCUACUGAGGCCUGAGUUGAACAGUAGAGAGCAGCUGGUAAGAAAAAAAGCACUGUGA